AUGUUUCUGCGUUUGUUAACCAAACAAAGACUUUUCGUUGGGUUUAUUAUUCUUGUAGCAAUUGUUAGUGUAUUAUAUUACAAUUUAAUCUUUAAGCAGCAUUCAAAUGGAACUGGUCAGUGGUCAGGAGACCGUUGCCUCACUGAAUUAACAUCUAUUAAAUAUCAACUCAAUGUGGUUACAGAAUAUAAAAAUAGAAUUGACAAACUUCUAACAGAAACUGAAAAGCAACAUAAAUUAGAUAAGGAAAGGUUUAAAGAGAUUAUGGAGAGCUGCUUUGCUAUGAAGCAACAGUCUCUCUUAUGCCAGAGCCAAUUUGAAGACCUGCAAGUUCAAUGUAAAAAAGUUAAAGGAGAUUUUGAUAAACUAAAAGGAGACAUAGAAAAAAAUAAACAAGACCAU